UGUGAAGAAGACAGUCCGGGAGUCCAGAUCUGCUUGAAGUCCAUCCUGCAGCGGGUGAAAAAACGAGAUCAAGGAGAAGAAACCCAAUUUUCUUAGAAACCUCCAAAAAAUCCUUUCGCCCCACCCCGCGACCUAUGGAUCAAGGGGCUUCAGACUUGGAGAAGCCCCCACUCGGUACUUCAUCCGACGAAGAUCCCAAGAGUUCGGUUCUUCCAUGCUGCAGGAAAUUAUGUCGGCUGUUUCCUUCCAAUUUCUGGGAAGAGGUGAAGAAUAUUUUGGUGAUGGCCGGGCCGUUGACGGUGAUUCAGCUCCUGGUGUUCAUGAUCCACGUCGUCAGCACGAUAUUUUGCGGCCACAUGGGGAAGGUUGAAUUGGCAUCCGUCACUCUUGCCAUUGCGGUGAUCAACGUGACUGGCAUUUCUAUAGGUUUUGGGCUGUCCUCGGCUUGUGACACAUUAAUAUCUCAGACGUACGGCGGGAAGAACAUGAAACGGGUGGGUACCAUCCUCCAACAAGGCAUCCUGAUUCUUCUCCUCUGCUGUUUCCCAUGCUGGGCAUUUUUCAUCAAUACAGAACAACUUCUGUUGCUGAUCCGGCAGGAUCCGGAAGUUUCCAGGCUUACCCAGGUUUAUGUCAUGAUCUUUAUCCCAGCACUGCCUGCAGCCUUUAUUUACCAGAUCCAAAUGCGGUAUUUGCAAAACCAGAAAAUCAUCUGGCCAGAGGUUUUUUGUGGCAUCGCUGCAAAUAUUAUCAACGUCCUGGCAAAUUAUGUUUUCCUCUACCAAUUCCACAUGGGCGUUAGGGGGUCUGCGUGGGCCAACACCAUCGCUCAGUAUGCGCAAGCCAUCGCCCUCUUUCUCUACAUCAAGUGGAAGAAGCUUCACGUCGAAACCUGGGGAGGUUGGUCCACGGACUGCCUGCAGGAAUGGGGUCUCUUCAUGUCGCUGGCGAUUCCCAGCAUGCUGAUGAUUUGCAUUGAAUGGUGGACUUUUGAAAUUGGAAGCUUUCUGAUAGGCCUCCUGAGUGUGCUGGAUCUAUCUGCGCAAUCUGUCAUCUAUGAAAUCGCCACAGUAGCUUAUAUGAUUCCCUUUGGGAUCGGGGCCUCCACCAGCGUCCGAGUGGGCAACGCCUUAGGAGCCGGGAAGGGGCAAGAAGCCCGCAGGUCUUCUGUAGUCGCCAUAUUUUGCACAGUGGGAUUCGUCCUUCUGAUGUGUGUUGUGUUGAUAGCCUCAAAAGAUGUCUUGGCGUACAUUUUCACCAGUGAAAAAGAAGUGGUUGACCUCGUGGCAUAUGUGAUGCCCGUCUACAUAGCCUUCCACCUGUUUGAAGCCCUUUGUGCUACAACCGCCGGGGUGCUGCGUGGCACCGGAAGGCAGAAAUUAGGCGCCAUUUUCAACAUGCUGGGCUACUACGCUGUAGGCCUGCCCUUGGGGGUCGUGCUCCUUUUCGUAGCCAAAAUUGGCAUGAUAGGGUUUUGGCUGGGCAUGCUGAUUUGCACCCUGAUCCCCUGCAUCUGUUCCAUCACGUACAUACUCCGGAUGAAUUGGGACCAGGUGGCUGAAGAGGCCCAGCGCCGUGCCAAACUGUCGCAGAAGCCAGUGGAGGAUUUGAACUCGGCUCCCAUCCCGGGCAAAGCAGUUUCCUCUUCCGAUAUAGAAUGCAAAGCAGGGUUUGGAGGACACACGGAUGCCCAGAACGGCGUUGUGCUUCUGAGCUUCACCGUCAUAAAUGGCCCAACCUUGCCGGACAAAAAGGCGGUCAGUGUCCCCAGGAGGGGCCGAGUUCUGACGACCAAGCAACUGAUCGUGAGACGGGGACUCGCGGUGGCCGGCGCCGUGGGAAUUCUAGCGGUGGGAAUAUUGAUACGGAUAUUCACGGUGGACAAUUAGAGGCUGGGGAAGAGACUAGAAUGGACUCCCUUGAACCCAAGGCAAAGAAACGAGAGCGAGAUGCUCAGGAACCUAUUUCAUCCAGCAGAGGGCGCCAGUGGGAGUCAUACCCAGAGCUUCCACCAGGGGGCGCCCAUCUCAGCCAAACAUUGUGGGAUGUUGGCCAUCUUGCUCAUUCUCGCAAAGCCAAGCUGACCAAAUCCAGCGUCUCAACAUGCAAAAGACUGAUUUUUGGGGUUCAGAAAGUUUAUUUCUACCACGCGGCCACCUGUUGUAGAUAACCUGACGUACUCCAUGUAAUAUUUCCAGAUAAAAAUCUUUUAAUAGUAA